AUGUGGACUUGUCGCUUUAUGGCCCCACUUGCGGAUUUGGUCCCCACCUACGGUUUCCUAGCCCCACUUACGGAUGGCGCGCCCCGACGGUAUACUCAAUUAUCUAUCAUUGCUCACCGCCACGACUUUGAGAACAUUGUCGUCUUCGUCGAUGACCCAGCGGUCAACCCGAUACCUGCGAUCCUCGGUGGCGCUGCCUCUGGCCACGGCGAGUAUAAGACGACGGCGACGCCGGACGUGGAGGGCGAUAGCGUCAAGGUCGAGUACUUCACGACCUUCCUGACCAACCACGAGCUCCAGUUCACGGCGACGAGUGGCAAGACGUACCCCAUCUCGGACUGGGACGCGAUGCCCCAGGGGGCCAGGGACGCUCUUGAGACGACCGACUUUGGGAGCGCCAACGUUCCCUUCAAGGACGGCAACUUUGACAGCAACCUCGCCAAGGCGGCGUUGUAG